AUGUCGUACCUCGUUUUGCUGCAAGCGAAGAAUGCUUCUCUAACCCCCUACUCCAUUUUCUCGAUUUUGAAGUUUAUAAAAUUGUAUAAUCCCCUGGUAAUACUUCUUUACCAGUUUGUCCUUCUGACCUAUGCGAAGACGUACAACAAGAAAAUAAUAAAGCUGGCCUUUUCGCUCAUUUACGUUUGCGCGUACGUGAGUAUGUAUGUCUCUUCUUCGCCUGAGUUGACCAAGUUACGAACGCUCAAUGGGUACAUAGCGAAAUAUAUACAGAUCACGUAA